ACUCCGUAAUAUUCCUUCCUCCUAGGUCUUUUUUUCUUUCCUCCCUUUUCACGCUUACGCUGCCUCGCUGCACCUCCUCUCUCUCUCUCUCCUCCAUUGAAGCGGACUCCGAAUUCUCCAUUGAAGCGGCUUUUAAGCUUACUCUCUUCUAUUGAAGCGGCUUCCGAAGUCUGCGAAUUUCACCCUUCAAUUCUACAACAAGAUGUCAGACCGUUUGACACGUAUUGCAAUUGUGAGCUCAGAUCGAUGUAAGCCAAAGAAGUGCCGUCAGGAGUGCAAAAAGAGUUGUCCUGUGGUCAAGACAGGGAAGCUAUGUAUUGAGGUUGGCCCAUUAACAAAACUUGCUUUCAUUUCUGAGGAGCUGUGCAUUGGAUGCGGUAUUUGUGUCAAGAAAUGCCCUUUUGAAGCAAUUCAGAUCAUUAAUCUUCCAAAAGAUCUGAGUAAGGAUACAACACACCGUUAUGGCCCCAACACUUUCAAAUUACACAGGCUACCCGUCCCAAGACCAGGACAGGUUCUUGGCUUAGUGGGAACAAAUGGUAUUGGGAAGUCAACUGCUCUCAAAGUUUUGGCUGGAAAAUUGAAGCCCAAUUUGGGGAGGUUCAGCAAUCCACCUGACUGGCAGGAAAUCUUAACAUAUUUCCGUGGAUCGGAACUGCAAAAUUAUUUUACACGCAUAUUGGAAGAUAAUCUGAAGGCCAAUAUCAAGCCUCAGUAUGUGGAUAAUAUUCCAAAGGCAGUCCAGGGCAAUGUGGGAGAGGUCUUAGAACAGAAAGAUGAGAGAGACAUGAAGCUUGUACUCUGUGAUGAUCUGGAGCUGACUAAAGUUCUUGAUCGUAAAGUGGGUGAUCUAUCCGGUGGUGAACUGCAGAGAUUUGCCAUUGCAGUUGUGGCUAUGCAGAGUGGUGAAAUAUAUAUGUUUGAUGAACCUUCAAGUUACUUGGAUGUGAAGCAGAGACUCAAAGCUGCACGAGUUAUUAGAUCAUUGCUGAGCCCCAAAAGCUAUGUCAUAGUUGUGGAGCAUGAUCUUAGUGUUCUAGACUAUCUUUCAGACUUCAUUUGCUGCUUAUAUGGUAAACCGGGUGCAUAUGGAGUUGUGACCUUGCCAUUCUCUGUUAGAGAAGGAAUCAAUAUAUUCUUAGCAGGGUUUGUUCCCACUGAAAAUCUUCGUUUCCGAGAUGAAUCUCUUACAUUCAAGGUUGCCGAGACACCUCAAGAUAAUGCUGAGGAGGUUGAGACAUAUGCUCGAUACAAAUACCCAACAAUGACAAAAACUCUGGGUGGUUUUAAAAUGUGUGUCAAGGAAGGUGAAUUUACAGAUUCACAGAUUAUUGUGAUGUUGGGAGAAAAUGGAACAGGGAAGACAACAUUUAUCCGUAUGCUGGCUGGUAUACUAAAGCCUGAUGACGUGGAAUCUUCGGAUGUGGAUGUGCCUGAAUUUAACGUUUCUUACAAGCCUCAGAAAAUCAGUCCAAAAUUUCUAGGCUCUGUGAGGGCUCUUUUACAUCAGAAGAUAAGGGAUUCAUAUACUCAUCCUCAGUUUAAUUCAGAUGUCAUGAAGCCUCUUCAGAUUGAGCAGUUAAUGGAUCAAGAAGUCGUGAAUCUAUCUGGUGGAGAGUUGCAAAGAGUUGCAUUAACUUUGUGUCUGGGAAAGCCUGCAGAUAUUUAUUUGAUAGAUGAACCAAGUGCAUAUCUGGACUCCGAACAGCGUAUAGUGGCUUCAAAGGUGAUAAAGAGAUUUAUCCUCCAUGCCAAGAAGACUGCAUUUGUUGUUGAACAUGAUUUUAUAAUGGCAACAUAUUUAGCAGACAGAGUAGUUGUUUAUGAGGGGAUACCAUCGGUAGAUUGUACUGCCAAUUCUCCCCAAUCGUUGUUGAAUGGAAUGAAUCUCUUCUUAUCGCAUCUGGAUAUCACAUUUAGAAGGGACCCAACUAAUUAUCGUCCUAGGAUUAACAAGCUAGAGUCUGCGAAGGACAGGGAGCAGAAAACAGCAGGGACUUAUUAUUACCUGGAUGAUUGAUGGGGUUUUCACUUUUCACCAAGGAGUUUAUGGUCCACUACCCUUUGGAUUUGUUGUUUCCAGCAUCGGAUGCACUGGGAUGCUGCAAGCAUUGGUUAUCAAAUUUAGAGGGGACCUAACUAUUAUCACCCAAGGAUUGUGAAACUAGACUCCGUGAAAGACAAGGAGCAGAAAUCUGUCAACAAAUUAUUCCUGGAUGAUUGAUGUGAAUGUCAUGAGUCUUAUGGAAUUGUAUGUUGGCUAUUGUUUCUUGGAGCAUAGGUGACUGAAUGAUUGGAAGAGAUUGUUUGAGGGUGGCAAUUUUUUAUCGUCCUGCUCGUGUACUGAUUCCUGUUUCUGCUAGCCUUUGUACUAAUAUUCUCUGAAGCAUAUGAUCUCUACUAUUUUGACUAAUUCUGCGACAGGAGGUUUUCUUAUGCUGCAUGUUUAUCGUUCUUAUUAGUGUGACUGUUUGAGUGGAUUUUGGCCUUGGCCAAUUUUGACAUGGAUCAGAAUUAGAUUAGAAUGUUCUUGCUAAUGGGGCCGAAUAAAAUGUUGUGCUUGAUAUAUUUUGGUGCAAAGAAUAUAUCUUUACGUUGAUACAAAAUCUGUUUUAUACCUA